AUCGGGUAAUCAAUCAAUCGAGCAUAUAAAGAGGCCGGACAAGGGAAGCUGUGAGGAUAUCGCAACCCAACCAUGCAAGCCCAGAAGGUACACGGAGGGGAGAUCCCAACCUUGGUGUCCAUCGAUCCCCACUCGUCCGUCGUAGGUCAGAAAGAUGUUCACAAUCGAUGGCAUCCCGACAUUCCCAUGAUUGCGACAGUGCAACCCGGAGACAUCUUCAAGAUGGAGACGCACGAAUGGACGGGCGGACAGAUCAAGAACACCGACGACGCAAACGAUAUCCACCAAGUCGACCUGACCAGGAUCCAUAAUCUCAGCGGGCCCUUGCGAGUGGAAGGAGCCGAGCCCGGCGAUGUCCUUGUCGUUGACAUCCUCGACGUACAGCCCUUUGCCCAUUGUACGUGGGGCUUUACCGGCAUAUUUGACAAGGCGAAUGGCGGCGGACUGUUCGCGAAAGAUCUCGACAGCAAGGCUUGCAAAGCUAUCUGGGACUUUCAAGGCAUCUAUGCCACCUCGCGCCACAUCCCUGGUGUUCGAUUUGCUGGUAUUCCGCAUCCCGGCUUGAUGGGGACCAUGCCGUCGCGGGAGCUCCUGCUGGAAUGGAACCGUCGAGAGACAGGCCUCAUCGAUCUUCAUCGCGACGAGGCAGGGUGCCAGUGCGUCCCUCCCGUCGCGCUGGCUCCGGAGCCCAAAGGUGCAUACGUCGGACAGGACAUCGACGACGAGCUGCGAGCGAAAAUCUACAACGAGGGCGCGCGCACCAUUCCACCACGGGAGAAUGGCGGCAACAUGGACAUCAAGAAUCUCAGCCGCGGCAGCCGCGCUUUCCUUCCUGUUUUCGUCAGUGGCGCUGGCCUGAGUUUGGGCGACCUGCACUUCAGUCAAGGCGAUGGCGAGCUCAGCUUCUGUGGUGCGAUCGAGAUGGCCGGAAUCACCACGCUGAAAGUCGACCUCAUCAAGAACGGCGUCGAGAAGUUUGCAAUGACCAUGCCGAUCUUUCUGCCCUCGCCGAUCGACCCGAUCUAUGCUGAGAAGCUCGUCUUUCAGGGCAUUUCAGUCGACCUCCACAAUGGCACCGGCAAACAAGAGAGUAUGGAUGCAACGCUCGCCUUCAAGGGCGCUGCCAGAAGUUGCAUUGCCUUCUUGAGCAAGCUCGGCUACACGACCGAGCAAGCCAUACUGCUCUUGUCCGCUGCGCCCGUCGACGCCCACGUCGCUGCCAUUGUGGACACUCCGAACGCGUGCGUGACCAUGUCUCUUCCGACGGCCAUCUUCGAGCGUGAUAUUCGACCAACGUCGGAGGGAUACGAACAGACCAGUUACGGUCAAUGCGCAACCGCCGAGGCCAGUCACACGCAGUGAGACACUUCUUUCCUAGCUGGCGGCAUUCCAAGCUAUACACCCUACCUUUGCGCGCUUGAGGUUCAAUACUUAGCCAUUGUGAAGCCAUCUGUACCAGUCAUGAAGUGGCUUAACGACGAGAUGGGUCACAGGGCACUAUGUCAC